ACAAAUUGUUCGAUAAAUUUGACGUUAUCACUGGAUCAGUGGUGGUACAGCUCCACCCACCAUUGUUGUUUUUUGAUCGUAGUUAAUUUGAACUUUAAUCUUCUUGGCCUAAAUAUCUCCCAUCGGAGAAGAUGAACUCCCUUGCAAAUUCGACUUUGUCGGUCAAACACUCCGGAACCCAGUUCAUUUCUGGAACUUCUGCGCAAAGAAACGAAUUUCUUGGUUCCAGUAGUGUGCUCUUUCUCCCCUGUUCCCAAAAGAAUCUGAAGUCUUUGAAGUGCCGGAGGUCACUGACAGUACAAGCUAGUGGAGAUGGAAGACCGGGUAGUGCCAGUAUCUUUGUUGGUGGCUUUGUUCUGGGAGGACUUGUUGUUGGUGCAUUGGGCUGCAUUUACGCACCUCAGAUAAGCAAGGCCCUAGCAGGAACUGAUAGAAAAGAAAUAAUGAGAAAACUUCCAAAGUUCAUAUAUGACGAGGAGAAAGCUCUGGAGGUAAGCGCCUCUUUCUUCAAUCUUUCACGAACUCAUGUAUCUAAUGCUGCCAUAUUUUGCAUGGUUAUUCUUCUAUAUACCUUAUUGAGUUUUGCAAUUUAAAGUAUGACUAUUAUCUGGCUUUGCUCAUCUUAUGCUCUUAACCUCGGCAGAUUAUAAGGUGUCUUUUUUUUUAAAAUUUUUUUUUAUAUCAUAGUCUUACAAAGCAUAAUAUAAAUUUUUUGUGUCCAUACUGCUUAGAUUGAGUUUUAGGAUCACUGACGACAGUUUCCUCUUUUUGAGUUGCUUAGAUUGAGUUUUAGGAUCACUGACGACCGUUUCCUCUAUUUGAGUGAGCAUGUUGUUCUUUGCCCAUCAAUCAAAAUCUCAGUGAUCUCACUUUUCACCUAUUUUGGCUGUUUAAUGCCUCUGUUUAGCUGUCGCACCAUUUCUAGUUUGGGUGGUAUAGCAUGCUGCCAGUUCUGGUUCUUAAUUUAGGUUGCUCUUACCUUGCUGGUACAGAAAACUCGCAAAAUACUGACUGAGAAGAUAGAACAGUUGAACGCGGCUAUAGAUGAUGUUUCUUCUCAGCUCCGUGCAGAUGAUGCUUCCCCAAAUGGUGCAGCUGCAGUAACCUCAGAUGAAUUUGAAGCUUCAAUCUGAUGAUACAUGUAGCUGAAACACAUGAGAUCAUUUGUCGGCAUCACAUUUCUGUUGUUUUAUACUCAGUUUCUAGAUGUUAAUUAUAGGACCAUGUAUGUUGAGAAGUCACCACCUCUUGAAUUGCUACUGUAAUUGUGAGAUUUUUGAGUUACUAAAUGAAUUUUUGAACAUCAAUUUCGAUCCCAAGGUUUCCUUUGAGCAGCAGGGCGAUCACUGUUUUAUUUCGUAGAUCACAGCUCAGCAACCUUUAUCAGGUUUUUCCGAUCAGUAGUACUGAAUUUCGAGAUUCAAUCUCCAUGGCUGAAUUAUAUGUAUUCAGCCCACUCCUACAUCAGGGAGUUUUACAGAAAGUUCAGCCCAAAACUAUAGUUUAUUUGAUUUGGUUUACAGAAAGCUCAGCCCAAAACUAUAGCUUAUUUGAUUUGGUUCUGUCAAAUGAAGGAUAGUAAUAACACAGGAUGUUGAUGGGCUGUGUACUUUUUAAGUUUGGAGCCAGGCCCAGAAGUCGACAUAAAUCAUUUUUUUCCCAGACUCUUUAGCCAUAAGGGCAUCUCCAACGCAUCCGCUAAAUCGAGCGGACGCAUUGGAUUUAGAGGAAUUGGGUGCUCCAACGGCCUCCGCUCUGCUCCGCUUCUCCGCCAAAAGAGCUCCGCUUCUCCGCCAAGGCUGAAGGAGUACUGUUUCACCGCGCCUCUAUUCUGGUGGCCCUUUUUCUUUAUUUCUGAUUUUUUUAACUAAUUUUUUGGGCCACAUUUAGGGUUUUUUGUUAGGUUUUUUAUUUUUAUGGGCAAAUUUGGUUCACUUGGGCCUUAGUUCCUUGACCUUUGGGUUUCCCAAGCUUUGUUUUUUAUAUCUAAUUUUUACUUAAUUUCUCAAAUAGCAAAACUAAAAAUAUAAAUAAACAUAAUU